AUGCAAUAUAAUUAAAUAAACAACUAAUAAUCAUAAAAUUUUGCCUAUCCAUCAUACCCUGAAUAAUAUCCAAAUUAAUACCCACCUCCUUAAUAGCCUUAUAUAGAUAAUAACAUAAUAGUAAGUGAUCCCUAUAACACAUAAUAAUAAUUUGGAAAUCAGGCGUAUAUAUAAAUAUCUAUUUGAAUAAUAUAUAGAUAGUAACCUUAUAUCAUCAAUGGGCCAAUUUAAGUUUAAACCCCAAUAUAUCCUAGUGCUGAAGGAAUGCCAUUUCCAAUUCCUAUUAAAUGUUAAUAUUGUUAAUAGAUUGGAACCACUAGAGUUUAAAGUAGAAUAGGAGAUGGAACAAUCUGCGCAUCUAUUUUAGUUUUACUUUUAUGUUGGCCAUUAUUUUGGCUGCCUUGUUGUUUAGAAGAUUGUUAAGACAGGGUUCAUUUAUGUUAAAGUUGUGGGAAAGUUGUUGGUACUAAAAAAUAUGAAUUAUGUUGA